GCCACGCCGCGGCCGAGCCCCGCGGGGUCGCCGCGCGGCAGCCGCGCGGCGCCGGCGGCCGCCCCGGCGAAGUGGCGGCGGCACUUCUCGGCGGAGUGGCAGUGCGACUACUUCGUCGACGAGGAGACCGGCCUGGCCCAGUGGGAGCCGCCCCCCGCCGCCGAGCUGCAGCUCCUGCGGCUCCGCGAGCGGCGGGGGGCCGACGAGGCCGACCCCGCCCCCAGCGCGGCAGGCGCCGCCGGGGGAGCGGGCGCAGGCGCGGCCGCGGCUGCAGGGGUGCGGUGGAGGCGAGCAUACUCAAGCGAGCACCAGUGCCACUACUUCGUCAACGCGGACACUGGCAAGGCUCAGUGGGAAGCCCCGCCAGACGACGAGCUGCAGGGCCUGGAGUGCCUCGAGGAGGAGGAGGCCCCGGGCCAGCGGGGCGAGGCCGCGGCGGAGGCCGCGGGCACGACAGCGGCGGCACCGCUCGCCAGCGGCGCGGCAAAGUGGAGGACAGUAUACUCUGCCGAGCACGACUUGCACGGUGGCGGACUACGUCUGCGAUGCAACUGGCGAGGCCCAGUGGGAGCAGCCGCCAGAGGAACAGCUCGGAGACUCCUAGGAGGCCACGCGACCUGA